AUGCAGGUCCUUAUGCUGCCGUCAAGCCCCCCAGGGGCCCCCUGGGGGGCCCCCGUCGCUGCAGCAGCAGCAAGUGGGGGCCCCCCUUUGUACGUGCAGUACCCUCCUGGGUGGGCCCCUCAUGGGGCCCCUCAGUGCCCUGCAGCAGCAGCAGCAGCAGCAGCAAGGGGCCCACCCACGGGGCCCCCACAGGCGCAGCAGCUAACCGCAGCAGACCGCCAGCUGCUGCACUUCAAAGCCUCUAAAGGCGGCGCAGCUUGGGAGGUUCCCGCCUCCUCUCCCUCAGCAGCAGCAGCAGCAGCAGCAGCAGCAGCAGCAGCAGACGAAGAAGAAGAGAAGUACCACAGCAGCAGCAGCAGCAGCAGCAGCAGCAGCAGCAGCAGCAGCAGCAACAGCGGGCGGCCCCGCAGGCAAACAGAAUCCAAAAGCGAUUUGCUGCUGCAGGGGACCCUGAGGUCCUGGGCCAGAGACCCCAGGGGGCCCCCCAGGGGCCCCAAAACGAGAAUGAGGGGGCCCCCCCGGGGGCCCCCAAGGGGGCCCCCAAGGGUACCCUCCGGGGGCCCCUCUACCUCCCUGCAGCCGCGAUGCAGCAGCCAAGAUGUGGCAGCAGGCACUGAACCCCACCACUUCAGGGGCCCCGCGGGGGCCCCCGGGGGCCCUCUGGGGGCCCCGCGGGCCCCCCUGGUCCCCCUGGGGGCCCCGGGGGCCCCCCUGGUCUCCUUAAGGGCCCCGGGGGCCCCCCUGGUCCCCCUUGGUGUACGUACAACCCACCCAGGAUGCUUCAGCAGCCCCCAGUGGGGCCCACCAGGGGCCCCCCUACUUCCCUUGUUGAGGGGCCUCCCCGGGGGCCCCCAGGUAGGCACCCCGGGGGGGCCCCCUUGCUUGCUGCGCUUCAAAGGCAAGGCCACAAUGGGCGGUGACAGCAGCAGCAGCUGCAGCAGCAACAGCUGCAGCAGCAGCAGCUGCAGCAGCAGCGGCACUUCCUCAGGAGCUCCCUCUUCGCAAGUGUCUCCAGCAACAACGGAGCGCAAGGCCUUCGGCCAAGGGACUGACAGCUCAAUGCAGCAGCAGCAGCAGCAGCAGCAGCAGGGGCAACACCGGCAGCAGCAACAGCAGCAGCAACAGCAGCAGCAGCAGCAGCAGCAGCAGCAGCGGCAUACCGAGCAGCCCCGCCAACAGUGA